AUUCCGCGCAUUUUGGGCUCGUCGUCUCCCCCACACACUAACACUUACUUUCUUUCCCAACAUGGGUGCCUACGCUUACAUUCAGCACCUAUGGUACAAGAAGCAGAGCGAUGUUAUGCGCUUUAUCCUCCGUCUGCGCAGCUGGGAAUACCGUCAAUUGCAUGUCAUUCACCGUGUCCCUCGCUCGACCCGCCCCGACAAAGCUCGCCGCCUAGGAUACAAAGCCAAACAAGGAUAUGUUAUUUACCGCGUCCGUAUCCGUCGUGGAGAUAGAAAGAAGAACGUCAGAAAGGGUGCCACCUAUGGCAAGCCCACCAAUCACGGUGUUAACAAAAUGAAAUCUGCUCGCAGUCUCCAAGCUGUUGCUGAGGAACGCGUUGGGCGACGGUGCAGGAAUCUUCGUGUUCUGAACUCUUAUUGGGUUGCCCAGGACGGUAUCUACAAGUAUUACGAAGUCAUUCUUGUUGAUCCAAGUCAUAAGGCCAUUAGGCUUGACCCCAAAAUUCGCUGGAUAUGCGCCCCUGUUCAUAAGCGCCGUGAAGCUCGUGGUCUCACUUCUCAAGGAAAGAAGAACCGUGGCUUACAGAAGGGACAUCUCUACAACCAUACCCCUCGCCGUGCCACCUGGAAGAGAAACAACACUCUAUCCCUUCGCCGUUACAGGUGAGAAUACCAGUGUCGCCAGAGCGCUGCUAUCGCCUUCCGUCCCUCGUCCGCUUUAUUUCACAUAUUCCAUGCUUUUCCCUAUGUGCGCAUGCUACUGUCAAAAACGUGCAUACUUGUCCUGACCUACUUAUGAUAUGACCUACGCGUUGAAAUCCUGAGCUUACCACACAGAAGCUGCGCUUCGGAAAGGGUUUUAUUGAACGUGUGUAAUCAAGUGCAAAUUUUGAAGAUGUCGCGCUAGCUCAUACCAUUUGGCAUCUCCGCGAGUCGCCAAAUUGUCUAUUUCGGCGUCAUCACGGCCGCGUGAGUUUCCCACGAUACAACCUGUCCUAUCCGCUUGCGGUGAACAAAUAGACCUUGGGUCUUAUUUAUGAUUGCU